AUGUCAAUAACGAACAUACUGAAAGCCGUCGCCACAACGCUUGUCGCUUUGUAUGACACAGGAUACUUUCCGAUGCCCCGGUAUUUCGGAUCCGACUCUCCUCUUCUCACGGAGGUGCUUUAUGCCCUGCCUGCGGGCUUCUACCUGUGGCACCUCCUCACCGUCCUAUCGAAAAAGUCUCGCACGGGCGAAAUCCCGCAUCACAUCUUAGCGAUCGUGUUUUUGUGGAACCACAACGAGCCCUUCAUCGCUCUUCAUCUGCCGAACUUUCUUUUAUUCGAAAUGACCAACAUCCCUCACAACAUCUACAAACUCAUGAAGCGCACGACCACCAACAAAGGCCUGUUCUACUUCUUCGCAGCUAUAUGGUAUGGUCUUCACCUUCGGGUCCGGAUUAUAUGGGGAAGCACCGCCACAUACUUGGCUUUCAAAGAUCUUGCUAUUCUACAUGUAGAUCGAGGGUCGUAUUGGGCUUGGGCGCUCAUCGCCUUCUGUUGUACUGGCCUUGUGCUAUUGCAGUAUCUGAACUUUUACUUGUCUUAUGCCAUCGUCACAGGUAGAGAUUUUAAGGACUUCUUGACCUUUGUCAGUCAAAAGUUCUCUGGACGAUAA